AUGUUUAGUCUAAAUCCACGGCAGUCGAUGCAGUCUGUCCUGCAAUCAAGUGGCAGUGGUGGUCAUUCCAUGCGCAGUUCAUCGUCCUCUUUUGUGUCUGCAACGUAUGGCAAUUGUCAAAGCAGUGGGAGCUAUCGGAACGUGGACGAGUCACUUGUGCCGUCAUUUGAAGUGCUUAAUCCAUACGCAAAGGUUGGAAGCAGUAUGACGGGUGAUGACAAGCGUUGGCAGCCAGUACCAGACUUAUUUCAUUCGAAAGAGUCCCUGUACUUUCGUUCAGCAGUGGGUAAAGUACUUAAAACGGCACAUGAAGAAAUUUCUCCAGCAGAAUUGGAAGUACGGGCAAAUACACCGGAAUUUAAGGUGGAAGAAGGUGAUUGGAUUGCGCACGAUUCGAAUCAGAAGAACCAAUUUGCACUGAUUACACCUCUCAAGACUGUGGCCAGGAUUCCAGCUAACCUCAUUAUUUCCAAUGAACCAAUUUCGUUAACACAACCAAUUAGUAAUCACAUGGGUGGUUAUCUUCGUAAAAAAGGAGAGAAAAACAAGGCAUUUAAGAAGCGAUACAUGGAACUCAAUGGCAGUGUCUUGGCUUAUUACAAGAAGAAACCAGUCAAGAACGGAAUUCCACUGAGUCGUGACGAGAAAAAGACAUUGGAACGAGGACGCAUUGAUUUGGAUCGAGUAUCGUCUUUACAACCUAUGGAAUCCAAGACGGAGCCGUAUGGUAUUCUUUUGGUCACGACGGCGCGUACGUGGGCCAUUUGUGCAGACUCAGAACCUGAGUAUCAGCGGUGGUUAAAGGCUCUUUGUGACGUUGUCAAGUUUAGUGCAGUGCACGUCACGUACAAACGUAUGUUUCAGUUACAGGAAGUGAGUGCAAAAGCUAUUACUGAUGUUCGAAUGGUGGUCACAACGGGUGAUACGGUUGGACAGAUUGUGGAGCAUAUAUUCAACUGCUACGAGCAAGCUCUGGAUGCAGCGCCGUUGAGACCAUACAAUCCAGCAGAAUACCGACUGAAAAUCACUGGAUACCGUGACUAUAUGAUUGACAGGUUCCGUGUGCUAAAUGAAUAUGUUCACGUUCGUGAGUGUCUUUUGACCAAGAAGACAAUUCGUUUGACUGUGAUUCACGAGUCAGUGAUCCAGGAGACAGCUAUGAUGAGUUUGAGUAUUGGUAGAGAUCUCCCGGUGAAUCGUGGAUCGAUGAACCAUAUCGUUAACCAGUUUGCAGAUAUGUUUGAUGGUGAGCGGGGAACGUCGUUGCAGAUGACAACCUUGGGCGAUGAAUGGGAACGUCCGUCAGUAGACCGCAACCCGUCGUUACCCAGCGGAAUAAUUCAACAGCCUUUUGCUAUCCGCAUUCGUCGAGUACUGAAUAUUCCUCGUACGACGUGCGUAAGGAAGCGCUCAAGUGAAGAAGCCAUUGUGAGUCGGGUUCCUUUGAUUAGCUCGAGUGUGAUUGUUCGCAUCGAGCUGUAUGACGGUAGUCAUCUACUAGAUAAUGCUGUGAUCGACACGACAGACGUUCGACUGAAGGCUCAACGGAAUGACUUGCUGUACGCCGAAUGGGAAGACGCUGUGUGGCACAAGUUUAACAUUGAUAUUUGCAACAUCACGCGCACGAUGCGAGUCCAGCUUACAGUUCUGGGCGUGAAGAAAGUUGUUGGAGGUUCAACCUCGAGCAUGGACGCGGUCGAGGAAAAGAUGCUGGUGACUGGUGUGAACGCGUUCGAGGUGGAUGACUCGCUUACACAGGGGCAGCAGUAUGUGCACAUGUACAACAACCUGCACACGUGUAUCCAAGGUCCUGUGCCUCACGUGGCACUGCCUAACGAGCCCUUAAUUCAAGUAGAGUUUUCCAGGUUUGAUACGCCGAUCAAGUUCAACUGGGAUGAUGAUGGAUCAUCUCUGAGUGAUCGCUCUCAACGCCGUAGUAUGAUUACAGGUAGUCGAUCUGUGAUGCUGCGUAAAGAGGGGUGGCUCCAGAAAGUGGGCAACUUUUCGUCUUUCACUCGAUGGCGUCGCCGUUGGUUUGUUGUGGAUCAGACCACUUGCACGCUUAGUUACGCUGACGACGAGACUGCUCCUCGUAAGCUGAUCACUUUGCAUAAUUGCUCAGUCAUGACUGCAGAUGACAUGAACCAGAAGUUUACGACGGCUCCUGUGAAUAAGGGUACGCGGAAACUUCGCCAGACGUGGUGUUUUAAAGUUCGGCCUUCGGGUUCGUCUCGUGAUUAUAUUAUCUCUGCUGAAACCAAGCAAGAUCGCGAGGAAUGGAUGCUUGCCAUACAGACUGUUGCAAAGAAUGAUUCAAACAUUGACUUUGGGAGCACCAAUGGAGGCUUUGAGGAUUUGAGUAUGUUCCUUGCCGCUGAAAGUCCCUGUGCUGAAAGAAACAACGAUCAUCUUGACGGCAAAAACAUUUUAGAGAGUAUUGCUCAGGACCGACGUGAUUCGACCUCCCGCAGUAGUAGGCACAGCUUGUCUCAACAUGAAUCUACCCAGUUAAACGAACUACGCAAGCUCAUUUUGCUAGACCCGCUGUACCGGUUUAGUCCGUAUCAAAAGGAGCAGCUAUGGAUGCACCGCGAAGAAUUCAUUGAUAUACCAGCUGCCCUUCCCCGAAUUCUUUCGUGUGUUCACUGGGAAGACCGUGAGGAGUGUGAGGAGGCAUUGAACUUGCUUCCGACUUGGUCUGUACCUGACCACCAAGCAGCGUAUGUCGAGCUGUUGAAUGGCGAGUUUGCUCACGAAGGCGUGCGCUCAUUCGCAGUAAAGAAGCUAGGUCAAAUGGCUGAUACGACGUUUAGCUACUUCUUGCCACAACUCGUGCAAGCCAUUAAGUUCGAGAACCAUCACGUUUCGCCCCUGUCCAUGCUCCUCAUAGAACGAGCAAUUAAGAACCCGAACCAGAUUGGUUUUGAUCUCUUCUGGAGCAUGAAGGUGGAGGCGCACAACGACCAGUACCGUGAGCGGUAUGGUACGAUCUUGAACGCGUACUUGGACGUCUGCAGCUCAAAGAUGCGCGCUAUUCUUAAGCUGCAGGACAAGCUAUUCUCGGAGGGGGGAAUGCUUGAGCGCAUUUGUCAGAGCGUGAAAGCGAAGAGGAAGGAUGGCGCGGCUGAAAUGAAACGUGCGAUGCAGCUCGGCUUGGAGGCAUUGAACGAGCUUCUGCCAGGUUCGUUCCAACUGCCGCUUGACCCUCGUAUUGAAGUGGGCAAGAUUAUCGUAAGCAAGUGCCGCGUGAUGGAUUCGGCGAAGAAGCCAUUGUGGUUGGUGUUUGAGAAUGCUGAGGAGGGAGGCGAUCCUGUAACAGUAAUGUUCAAGGCCGGCGAUGAUGUUCGUCAGGAUUGUUUGACGCUGCAAUUGAUCCGUUUGAUGGACGAGAUGUGGCGAGACGAGGGUCUAGAUUUGGCAAUGGAGCCGUACAAGUGUGUGGCGACAUCACCAAUGACUGGCAUUCUUCAGAUGGUACCAAACUCGGUCACGACGGCUGAGGUGCACAGACGUGAUGGUAUGAUGGGGACAUUUAAGGAUCCUAGUUUUUCUGACUGGAUUUGUGCAAACAAUCCUGAUCCAAGAAGUCGAAAGGCUGCUGUUGAUCUUUUCAGCCGCUCCUGUGCGGGCUACUGUGUGGCUACGUGUGUGCUUGGCAUUGGUGAUCGACACAACGACAAUAUCAUGAUCGCAUCAUCGGGUCGCUACUUUCACAUUGACUUUGGCCACUUCCUUGGUCAUCUCAAGUACUACAAGCUGGGAAUUCGUCGUGAGCGAACUCCUUUUGUGUUUACGAAUGAAAUGGCAUACGUGCUAGGUGGAGUCGAAGGGAAAGACUUUUCUAAGUUUGUCGAUACCGCUUGCACGGCGUACUGCGUGCUUCGAAGGCAAAUGCAUCUCCUGGUGUCGCUGUUGCUGCUGAUGGUGCCGGCAGAUAUGCCCGAGUUGACAGGACGCGAUGAUAUCAAUCACAUCGUGACGACUUUGGCACCCGAGGUAUCGGACGAUCGUGCUCGCGAGUCAUUUGAGCAGACGAUUCAUUUCUGCCUUGACAGCCGAUUCAAGCGUUUUGAUAACUACUUGCACAACAUUGCCCACGCGUUUGGAUAA